UAUGUCCGACAGAGGUCUCCUCGGCCUCACAUAAGCGCACUGCCUCUCCUCAGCCUCACAUCAGCGCACUGCCUCUCCUCAGCCUCACAUCAGCGCACUGCCGGAUCCUAAGCCUCCCGUGUGAGCUCUCACCCAUGCCACCUCGGCAAAGCCCACAAUGACCCUCUUACACAUAGCUGCAUUCCUCCUAGCGCUGUAUGGAAGGAGCCAAUGCCAGGAGCAAACGUACAUUGUGAUGGCGCCUCGGUUAUGGCGAAUUGGAGCUCAAGAGACGGUGCUUGUUCAGGCUUUCAGACAACAAGAAGAUCUCCCCAUUAAACUUUCUUUGUAUAGUUACCCAGACAGAAGGUUAUUCACCUCCCAAUCCCUGCAGCUGACGCCAGGCAACAACUUCCAAGGGUUAGCAAACCUCCAGAUUCAGCCAAGUGACUUACCUCGGGCAACGGAUGGAAAACAGCAGUUUGUGUAUUUGGAGGCUCAGUCUAAAUCUUUCACUAAGGAGGAGACUGUUCCCGUUACUCACCAGAACGGAUUCCUUUUCAUCCAGACAGAUAAACCCAUCUACACUCCCACCCAGUCCGUGAAAGUUCGUGUUUACUCAAUGAACGAAGAACUGCGACCAGCGCGCAGGACUGUCACCGUCACGUACAAGGACCCUGAACAAGUGAAGAUGGACGUCGUCUCAGAACAUGACGCUACCGGAAUAAUCUCCUUCCCAGAUUUCAAGCUUCCGACCAACCCAAGAUAUGGGAUCUGGACGCUGGAGGCUGCCUACGAUAAAGACUAUAUAACGUCUACCGUUGCCAAGUUUGAAGUGAAAGAAUACGUUCUGCCGCGGUUCUUCGUCACCAUACAGCCUGAACGGAACUAUAUCAGUUUUGACAAAUUUCAAGAUUUCAAAAUUACAGUGAAAGCCAGUUACUAUUACGGCAAAAAUGUUGAGCAAGGAAAGAUUUUUAUUCGUUAUGGAAUAAUUGACCGGGGCGAGAGAAAAAUGUUGCUCAAAUCAAUUGAUGUACUGCAGAUAAUUAAUGGAGAAGCCACAUUCCGCUUUAACAGCGAGCGCGCCAUUCAAGAGCUCCAAUACUCAACUCUGGAGGAUGUGAAAGGGAGUUACCUGUACAUUGCAGUCUCAGUGGAAGAGAGCUUUGAUUCGCAGUCUGAAGAAAGUGAGAACACAAACGUGAAGUAUGUUAUCAGCCCCUACACCCUGAAACUCAUAGCGACGCCUCUCUUUGUGAAGCCGAACUUGCCAUACAGCAUAAAGGUUCAAGUGAAAGACACAUUAGACAGUCCGGUGGGAAGAAUCUCCAUGGUUCUGACUGGUGACUAUGUUAAAGAGGGUGGAGAAACCAGUGCGGUAAACGACGGCACACCCGAAAGAACACUCACUGACGACAGUGGGACGGCCAGCUUCGUCUUAAACAUCCCGGCAGAUGUCGCAUCCCUUGAGUUUAGGUUGAAAACGGAAGAUGGAAUGCUUCAAGAAGACAACCAAGGAUUUGGCGAGUACACGGCGAUUUCUUACCAGUCGGUGACCAAAAGCUACUUGUACAUUAGCUGGCUGAGAGGGAGCCAAGCUUUGAGAGUGGGAGACUUCUUGAACGUCAAUGUGGUGCCCAACAGCCCUUAUAUGUCUAAACUGACCCAUUACAGCUAUUUGGUCAUAUCCAAGGGGAAGAUUCUAGCAUAUGACACAGUGGAAAGGGUACCCGGCUCACAUUCACAGAGCCUUAACAUUGGGGUCACCUCCAGCAUGAUCCCAUCUUUCCGUCUCUUGGUUUAUUAUAUCGUCACUGGGGACGCCACCGCCGAGAUCAUUACGGACUCCAUCUGGGUGGACGUGGAAGAGAAAUGUGUCAAUAACCAGCAGGUGCAACUAUCAACUGCAACUGGGAGCUUCAAGCCAAAAGACAUCGUCCCCCUGACUGUCAGGGCGCGGAGCGGUUCUCUGAUCGCCUUGUCCGCCAUAGAUGUUGCUAUCUAUGAUGUCGCCAAAAAAGUCAAGCGCCCUUUGCAAAGAGUUCUCAGAAAGAUCGAGGAGAGCGAUCUCGGUUGCGGGGCUGGAGCAGGCCGGGAUAACGUGGACGUGUUUCAUUUGGCUGGUCUCACAUUUCUUACCAAUGCCAACAUACGGGCUCGUAAGGUUGAAGAGUCGACGUGUACUGAUAUAGUGAGGAGCAAGCGUUCCAGUCCAUUCGGUGAUGAAAUAUUAACACAAGCCAGCAAAUACCACGACAAGCGCCUCAAGAAAUGCUGCCUGGACGGGGGAGCCUGCUUCAGGGAUGAGAAUGACUGCACUCGCGGGAUCCAACGAGUGAAGAAGAUGAAAGGAGCACCGUGUGUACAGGCUUUUACAAACUGCUGCCAGCUAGCCAAGAAAAUCAAGGCUGAGUCGGAUGCUUAUGAGAAGGAUCUAUCCAUGGGCAGGAUACUUAUUAGAGCCGUACUGGAUAUAGACGAGCCAGAAAUACGCAGUUACUUCCCGGAGAGCUGGUUGUGGGAAGAGCGUCUGCUUAGAGACAGGGAAGACUCUGUGAAACUCCCCAUGACUCUACCAGAUUCACUGACCACAUGGGAAAUUCAAGGUAUCGGGAUGUCUGACAGAGGUCUAUGUGAGGCAGAGCCAGUCCGGAUAACGGUGUCUAAAGACUUAUUUCUCGAUGUGCAGCUGCCGUAUUCCGUUGUCCGUGGGGAACAACUGGAACUCCAAGUCACUGCCUACAAUUACUUAAACUACAGAGUUAAGGGCUGCGUUUCUGUGUCCGUGGGGAAAGAAAUAUGUCUGAUUAAUAAAGAUUCCGCCACCGGUUCAUCUUCAAGGCAUAGCAGUUGCUAUGAAGAUAUUCAGCCAUUAGUGCCGAAGUCCUACACUUACACUAUUCUGCCUCUGGAAUUGGGCCUCCAUCCCAUCCGCUUCACGUUACAAAGUCUGUCCGGCAGUGAAGUGCUGGAGAAGAAGUUACUGGUUGUGGCAGAAGGCAUCAAAGCGGAGCAGAACGCCGGAUUUAUACUGGAUCCUCAAGGUCUUCGCGGUACAACAAAGAGACAGUCUGAACUGAGUUACAGAGUACCGGGCAAUAUUGUGCCCAAAUCCAAGAUCAGCCGCAUGCUCUUCCUAAAAGGGAACAUCCUGGGCGAGCUGAUUUCCAUAGCACUUGACAAACAGGGCGUAGAAACACUGGUCAACCGCCCGCCGGGCAACUCGGAGGCGGAGCUCAUGCGAGUGGCACCAAUAGUCUACCUUUACCGCUACCUGGAAACCAAGCAAGAAUGGCGUCUGCUUGGCCCCAACGUCUUAGCGUCACAGGUUACCAUGAAGAGGAAGCUGAGAGAAGGCGUUUCUAGUAUCCUGUCCUUUAGAAAUGGAGACUAUUCAUAUAGUGUGUGGAGGAACAGCGACCCCAGCACCUGGUUAACGGCCUUUGCACUACGAAUCUUUGGUGCCGUUCAGCUCUAUAUUGAUAUUGAUUACAUGGACGUGUGUAGCAGUCUGCUCUGGCUGAUAAAGAAUUGCCAAACCCCUCAGGGAUACUUCAUAGAAAAAGCAGCUUCUCUACCGGUCAAACUGCAGGGAACAAUUCCGAAUGCCGCUUCUGAGAAAGCCCUGUACUUAACAGCCUAUGUGAUAAUUGGAAUUCAGAAGUCCAUUCACAUGUGUAAUAUCCUAGAAGUGAAGACUGCAUUAGAUAAAGCCGUAGAGUAUGUGUCGGCAAAUGCGAUAAAAGCAGAGAGCACCUUCACGCUGGCUGUAGCUACGUACGCUCUCACAAUAUCUGAGACCUCUAACCAAAGCAAACAAACAGCCAAACUGAGACUACAGAAGGAAGUAUUCACUAAAGGAGAUGUCUUUCCCCCCAUUUAUCGAUAUUGGAAGGAUACGCUGAAGAAGUUUGAUGCCACGGAGCCCAGCAGUGACACAGCAAGGAUGGUGGAGACCACGGCCUACGCGUUGCUGGCUUUCCUGAAACUAGCUGAUAAAGAUUACGCCAAACCAGUUAUUCGAUGGUUGACAGAAAAGCAACUUUACGGCGGUGGAUUCUACUCAACGCAGGACACCAUCACUGCUCUAGACGCUCUGACAGAGGUCGCCAUUCUCGAUGAAAAGUUGAGCUUGAAUAUGGAAGUGAAAAUCUCUUACAGAAAUGCAGGAGACUUCCAAACGUACCGUCUGACUGAGAAAAAUCCCUAUGUGACACCUGUCGAGGUUCCACUUCCACUAGAUCUCAUUAUAUCUACCAGAAGUUUCAGUGGAAUUGUUACGGGACAGGUGCAGACGAAAUACAACAUGAUCAGCUCCCAAGACAAGUGCCGAUUCGAUCUGAAGAUUUCCAGGAAAGCCAACCCAUUUGAAGAAGAACAGUCCAUAUUUAGUGAAGACACCUCCCAGACGCUGCACCUGGAAGCCUGCGCGAGGUACAGGGCCCAAGAAAAUGAAUUGCCCAGUUCCGGCCAGGCUGUCAUGGAGAUCACACUUGUUACGGGAAUGGAAGCCGAUGACAAGCAAUUAAAUAAGCUUGUGGCGAGAGUUGAUCAGUACAUCACGGAUUACCGCAUAGAAGACGGAAAAGUCCUACUCUAUUUUAACUGGAUCCCAGCUGACGAGUAUGUCUGCGCUACCAUACUGGUGAGAAAAAUGUUCAAAGUCGCCAUGAUGAGCCCAGGAGUAUUCAAAGUGUAUGAGUUCCACUCACCAGACGAGCAGUGCACAGAAUUCUACAAUCCCUUCUCAGACUACAACUUGGUGCGCAUAUGUACUGGAGACGCUUGCAGGUGCAUUGCAGGUGAAUGCCCCAAACUGAAGAGUAAACUGAAUCAGGAGACAACAACACAGGAGAGAAAGCGUUUUGUGUGCAAGAGCGACAUUGUAUACGCUUACAAAGCGCAUAUCGUGAAGAUGGAAGAAGAUGGCGAUUUCGUGAAAUACACAGCAAAACUUCUUUUACUCUUUAAUAAAGGUAAGUCCUACCUGAGAGCCAACAAGCAGAUCCGCUUCAUUAAGAAGAAGAUGUGCACCGAUUUUAUUAUAGACGCGGGAGAAGAAUACCUGUUUAUGGGGCAGGAAGGCACCCUGAUCCGGGACAACCCAGAAAUCCAGUAUGAAUAUCCGCUGGACGCCAGUACGUGGGUGGAAUGGUGGCCGACGUCGCAAAUCUGCAGCAAUACAAAUUGUGCCCAAUUUGCGAGUGAACUGGAAGAUUUCUUAGGGGACUUAGCAAUUGAAGGAUGUCAGUGAUUUACUGAGCCACUGAUUUGUGUCGUUUUAUCUUUCCAGAUGAAUAAUUUACAGUAUUAUCUAUUACAAAUCCCCCCUCAACGUUAUAAUAAAUACUAUGCGACAUGUAAAGGAAAUGACAGAAAGAUAAUAAUGAAGAAUGCUGAAUAUGUUUA